CAGAGUUUCGAGGCUGCAGUUCAUGGGGUCAGUAGAUGUGAUUUGACGUUUACCUGUGCUUCAUGUGCAACUGACCUGCUGAGCGCGCUCCCUGCAGAAGUAGGCUGGAAGGAAAGUACUUUUGACAGCCUUCUUGUUUCAGUGUCUGAACUUCUGGACCAGUCAAUCCACACAGUCAUUCUAACAGACGGUGUCAACAUGCUGGAGCAGGUUCUGUCAUUUGGCCGCUCCCUGGUGCGCAGAAAAGUGGUCGACCUGAGCAGCCUGGAGGACUCUAAGCUGUGCCGAUGCCUGGGAACCGUCGACCUCAUUGCGCUGGGAGUGGGCAGCACUUUGGGCGCCGGCGUCUAUGUGCUGGCCGGUGAGGUGGCCAAGGGAGACUCCGGCCCUAGCAUCGUCAUCUCUUUUCUAAUUGCUGCCCUGGCCUCUGUCAUGGCCGGUCUGUGUUACGCUGAGUUUGGGGCCCGCGUCCCUAAAACAGGCUCUGCUUACCUGUACAGUUAUGUGACUGUAGGAGAGAUCUGGGCCUUCAUCACUGGUUGGAAUCUAAUUCUGUCCUAUGUGAUUGGUACCUCCUCAGUUGCCAGAGCUUGGAGUGGCACAUUUGAUGAAAUGAUAGGAGGACACAUAGAGAUAUUCUGUAAAACCUACUUCAGCAUGAACUCUCCUGGUCUGGCUCAGUACCCUGACUUCUUCGCUGUCUGCCUGAUACUGCUGCUCUCUGGGCUCCUGUCGUUUGGCGUGAAGGAGUCAGCGUGGGUCAAUAAGGUCUUCACUUCAAUCAAUGUGCUCGUGCUCUUGUUCGUCAUCAUCUCCGGCUUUGUUAAAGGAGACACAUACAACUGGAAGAUAACUGAAGAAUCCCUCAUUAAUGUCACCAUAGUUAGAAGGAACUUGUCGGUAACGGCCAAUGUGAGCAGUGAUUAUGGAGUCGGAGGAUUUAUGCCCUACGGCUUCAGUGGGACCUUAGCUGGAGCUGCCACCUGUUUCUAUGCUUUUGUUGGAUUUGACUGCAUUGCGACAACAGGUGAGGAGGUGAAGAACCCCCAGAGAGCCAUUCCCAUCGGCAUCGUGGUGUCACUGACCGUGUGCUUCCUGGCGUACUUCGGUGUGUCAGCUGCGCUCACCCUGAUGAUGCCCUACUAUCUGCUGGAUGAGAAGAGCCCACUGCCCAUGGCUUUUGAAUAUGUGGGGUGGGGCCCCGCCAAAUAUGUGGUCGCUGUGGGUUCACUCUGUGCCCUCUCCACCAGUCUGCUGGGCUCCAUUUUCCCUAUGCCUCGUGUAAUCUAUGCUAUGGCAGAGGAUGGGGUGCUUUUCAAAGCCUUAGCCCGAAUCAAUCCAAAGACGAAGACCCCACUUAUUGCCACUAUGAGCUCCGGUGUAGUAGCAGCCAUCAUGGCUUUCCUGUUUGACCUCAAAGCCCUGGUUGACAUGAUGUCCAUUGGGACGCUGCUGGCCUACUCGCUGGUUGCUGUGUGUGUACUGAUUCUCAGGUACCAGCCAGACGGAGCUCUGGAGCGGCGUGCAGGUCCCAGUGAGAGGGAUUACCUGUCCUCUGAAGAGGGUGAGUCAGACCUGACAGAGUCAGAGUCCCAUCUCAACAUGCUGAAGGGUGGCAGCUCCACCCUGCAGACUGUCCUGCACCCUCCGGUCCAACCCUCGGAGCAUUCCUCCAGUGUGGUCAACAUGUCCAUCAGUGUGCUAGUGCUGGUAGUGUGUGUGGUCAGCUAUCUCACCACGUACCACAUCUACUCCGUCCUUGGUAUGGAAGUGUGGAUCCUGGCAUUGCUGUCUGUGUGUCUCCUCAUCUUCAGCGGCUGCGUCGCCAUGGUCUGCAGGCAGCCGCAGACCAGCAAGAAGGUCUCCUUCAUGGUCCCUCUUCUGCCGUUUCUGCCCAUUCUGAGCAUAUUUGUCAAUAUUUACCUCAUGGUUCAGCUGAGUGGAGACACCUGGAUACGUUUCUCUUUGUGGAUGGCUGUGGGCUUCCUGAUCUACUUUGGCUACGGCAUGUGGCAUAGUGUGGAGCGCCAGCGCCAACGUCAGGGUCCAGUAACCAGCAGUAACACCACCCAGGAACACAGCAAGAGCAGCAGGGAGAAGCAGGUUGGCACAGGUGCAGUAGGAAAAGACCAAGAGCGUUUCAUCUUUCCAGAGAAGACCAGCCAGUGUUAAAGUUUACCAGCUCAUUCAAAGACUCUGUGAGGCAACAGAUGCAUAAAAGCACACAGCAGCUCUGCCUUGAUGCACCUGUAUUACUGCUUCACCGUGCGUGCUUCAGCCGCGAGCACAUUCAGUCUGCGAAGGCAGCAUCAGUAUUCUGUAUCAGCGACCACGUGACGUGGAGCCGCUCUAUCACUGUGAUGGGACCGCAUCCUGUAGGUCACAUUGUACUUCAUGGACAGCAUGGAGGCAGACUUGAAUGGACAGGUAACACUGGAGAGUGAUGUUCAUUUCCUUUAACACUGAAGCAGUCAUGUCAAGACUGCAGCAAAGCUUUUCUCUUUCAUUAUGGACUUGACUUUUUAGUGCAUGACACACACGUUGUCUUUUCUGUAAGUUUUUACAUUUUUAGCAGAUUUUUACAGUUGGAUUUUUAGUCUUUGAAAACUGUGCUAUCAUUUAAUGGUCCAGAUAUUAUUAGAUUUUGAUACAUCAGUUGUGUGUUAGUAUUGUAAGUGAUGUUAGUUUGUGGUAAAAGCACUUGUUGUUCUCUUACAUGAGUGCCUGAAGCGGAAAAAGGACCAAUAUAAGGUUAAAGAUGUGUUGUCUAAACAUAUUUUAGAACUUUUAUGUGCAUAAUGCAUUAUUGUGAUAAUUGUGAUGCUGUAUAAAAAGAUCAUAAAGACACUGCCACAUUUAGACCAAUGUACAAAAUGUCAAAUAGUUUUGCAGGCACUUAACAUGUUGUGACUCGACUCUGUUUUUAUGUCAGUGACCUGAAAGUCGGCCAGAUGCUGGGGGGAGGUUUCAGGCUUCUGUGGGUAUUAUGUAACAAGUCAUAUCUUUCUUUACUGUAGUUAUUGAGAUCUCCAUAGCUGUUGUGGUGGUUUUACUCAGCACAGGUUUACUUUUCUAUUUUUACUUGGGUGUGUUAUGUGUAUGAACUGUUACAGUCUGAAUAAGAAAACUGUUAUUGAGACAAAACUCUCCUGAAAAAGUAUUUGUAGUUUCUUUUUUUUCUCUGUCAGAUUAUAACACUGUUUUCAUUUUGAUACAUCUGCAGACUUGCUGUUGCUAUAACCGUCAUGAAAUUAUUCCGUCAUAACUAGAGUACUUUGCCACCUAACAAGAAGCACAAUUAAUUACGAGUUAAAGUAUUAUAUAGGAAGAUGUUUGUUUUGCCACAUAAGUAGAUGAAAUGGGCUUUUAUCCAAGUUUCUUCUCUUUGUGUUCAGUGUCUUACUUCAGUGACUGGGGUCUUGCUUCAUAACCAGUCUGAAGAGACUUUUUGUUCUGAACUGCAUGAAGACUCAGAGCUAGCACUCUUUCUCCUGGCCUUUUAGGGGCCAUCUGCAUUUUUCUAGUACUGUGAGCUGUAAGGCUCAGUGAGCUCUAGUUUCCAGUAGAAACGUGUUCGCUGUUUGAUCUCUGAUCUGUUUUACACCAUCUGACGUGGAGAGAUUCUUCACUUUUCCAGAGGUCAGAUGCUGCGGCUGUAAGAUAUGUUGGUAACUGAUCGAUCAGGCUGAUUGAUGUGUGCAGGUCACUGGUUUAAAUAAAUGUGGAACAAAUUCAGAAGCUGGUCUCAGCAGGAGUGAGGUGGGCAUUCUCCCACACUGAACCUCUACAUUACCCGUGUAGAGUCUUCCAGUGAAGUUACAGGAUGACGUGCAUAGAUGUGACCAUGAUGUAGUUUCCCUUGUUACCAGCUGCACAGACAAA